AUGGUCUUCUGUGCAUACUGCGGGAAGUCCUUCACCAGGAAAGAACACCUGGAGAGACAUAUCCCAAGUCCAAGGUUCGCCAGGAGAUCAUCAAAGGCCGCAGUCAGAGCUGCCCAAGCCAGCGCGGCUUUCCAACAGCAAAUGAUGCCGACUGUACCCCAACCGCCACAGCCAGCUCAGCCUGUUGCUUUCAUGGAUCUCGACCCAACCAUGCCUAAGCAGGACUCUCCUGGGAAGAUGUCAACCGGAUCCCCAAUUGCCACCAUGGACCCUCGCAUGAUGGAAGGGCCUGUGAAGAAGAGCUCACCAGCCCAGUCGCACCCCAGUUCUGAUGACUUCCCCUCCCCGCACAGCCGCGUGGAUGGACUCGACGAGUUUAUGCAACUCAACAACGACUUCAUCACGCCCGACACGAAUUACCAAGACAUGAUGGUCUGGCCUGAAUACCCUCUGGAGCUCGACAUGUAUUCCAGUCAGCUUUCGAUGUCGCGGCCCGACAUGACGAUGCCGAAUUUCACAGAGCUGAGCGAUAUGUCCUCGAGCUCAGCAUCAGAGCCAAUGACUGCCUCGUCUUCGCGUGGAUCAAUUCACACACGAAGCACCAGCAUCAUGUCCACGGCUGACUUUGACACUACAAUGAAGCCAGCUGAGAAAGCAUUGGUUAUGCCCAAUGAAUCAGCCAUUCCAGAGUUCGAGGUCGUCAUUGCUGCGGAGGACUCGUGGCCACUCGCUCGCUGUAAUCCGCCCAUCUAUUCCGGCACUUGCCCGAGAACGGCGAUUGUGCACUUGGAAUGCCUGGAAAGGAAAUCCAAGGAAGAUGGCACCUGGAGUUCGCUCGAGAAGUAUCUCGAAAACGUGGAUUGGGACACCACCGAUGCCUCCGUCGUUCCUCUCACAUCUCGCACGCGCGACCGGAUGCUGGCCAUUACGCAGUCGUUCCUUCAGAAGGCGCUAGACAUUCACCGGAGCAACAACGGGUACUCCAAGACCGGAUAUGCUACACCCAGCGAAUUCAACUUCAUCGUUCUGCCACCUACGAAGAUCCUCGAAUACUUUCUCCGCAGCUACGUUCGCAGCUUGCAAUACUACUACCAUCUCAUUGUUGCGGGAUGUGUUGAUCCCAAUGAGAUGUUGCUGAACAACCAGGCGUCGACAUUGCUCCUCCUCUUGAUGAUCGCCCAAGGCGCUGCGGCAGUGCCAAUGGCUGAGGCCCGGUACCUAGCCGCUGGUCUGACCGAAACCUGCCGCAUUUCCCUCUUCGACAUCAUUGAAAAGGAUGUCGAGUUGUCUGCGGACCCGGUCGCCUUGAGGUGUGCGCUGCUCUUCACCCUUCAAGGUGCUUGGAGUGGCGACAAGUGGUUGAUGGACAUUUCGAUGGGACAACGGGGGAUGUACUUGUCGAUGCUCAAACACGCCGGCAUGUUGGAGCCUCAACCAACCAUGAUUCCUACAUUGAACAGCACGACAAGCACCGAACUCAAGUGGCGGGCCUGGUUGCAUCGCGAGAUGCAGAACAGACUCGUCUACAACUGGGUCAUGUGCGACCAAGAGCUCAGUCUGUUCCACGACACCCCACCGCAGUUGGCCAUCACCGACCUACAGUGCCCGCUCCCCAGCCCCGAGGCCCUCUGGCUUUCGUCAAACUCGGAGCAGUGGUUUGCAAACGUGCAGAAUCUCUACGGAUGCACUGCGAAUGUCAACCCGCAGCUUCUAUCUAGCCCUUCCCUAACCCCCUCUCUGUGCGAACUCUUCCAGGACUUCCUCCACGACAACCUCUCCCGCCGUCAAGCUGGCCUGUCCCCCCAACAGCUUCGCCUUCUGCUUCAUCCCCUCCAGUCCCUCCUCUGCCACCUGAGACAAAUGCUCUCAUGUUUCUCCGAUGUUCUCUCUACCCGUCGCGCGACGUCUAGGACGGUGACCAAGUCGAGCACCAUGCUCCGCUUGGAGGAAGUUCAAGCACUCCUCCAGAAGUGGUACGAGCUCACCAUGCUGUACUACAAGAGCAACCCCAACUGCUCGACCACGCGCUGCAACUUGGUCCUUUACCACCUGAUCUCUCUCAACGCCGUCACCAACUUCCCAGAGAUUGAGCGUCUCGCCCGUCGCGAAGCCUUCGACGGCUCGUAUUGGGAGUUGAGCCUGCGCCACAAGCGCUGUGUCUACAACCGCGAGGAGGCCAUCUUCCACUGCGGCCAGGUUCUGCGUCUCUUGCGCUCCAUGCCCGCCGACCGCAGGCCAUGCUGGUGGGCUGCUGGUGUCUACCGCGCGACUCUCAUCCUCUGGGCCGACAGCGUCGCACGCCUCGAUCCCAACUUCCAAAAGGCUCAGCAGGCCAUGCAGCAGUCUUCGUCACCGUCGUCUCAGCACCAGGGUCAAAGUCCCGAGCAUCUUAGUGGCGCUGGCGCCUCUAACGCUGCGACGGGUGGACAGCACGGCAGCGCGAAUGUCGUCGCGAUUGACCAGGUCACGCCGGAAGAUCCGUCCGUCAUUUCCUACCUGUGGAGCGGAGGCGACGGAAUCGCCGUCCUCACCCGCCGUGACGGUACCACACUGGGUUUGGAUAAGCCCGCAGAGGUCAUCAACUACGGCAUCAUGGCCAUCGAAGAGGGCGUCACCUGCCGUGUCGGCGAUGGUAUCAGGCGCAAGCUCAUCACUCUCAACAAGAACUGGAACGUGGACGGCCUCGCUAAUACCGCCACCGCGUAA